AUGUCUAGAACUUUGUUUAAUUUAAGUAAAGAAGUGCAAUUAACAAGUAAGUUCCCCCUUUCUGCUAAUAUGAAACUUCCAAAUGAGAUUACAAAAGCUUCUGGUUCUCUCUGUGGCGUUCAUGUACAUAGUGGCCAGGCUAUUGGGCAAAGAGUGGGGAAAUCGAGGAAGGAAAAGAAAAUUUCUAAUGUGAAUAAAACAUGUCGUGGUGUAACCGGUUUGAAUGUGAUAAAAUAA